UUUGUAGCUCUGAUUUGGGGCUUAUAAUUGGAACGGAUCGAGCUCGGGCUUUUGUCGCGGAAAUUUGGCUUCAGACCGUCUUUCCCUUUUCGGCCCAAUAUUCAGCAAGCCCGGCCCAACUUUAUCAUGCAAUCUUAUUUAGAGCUUCUAUUGAGAAUAAACAAAUAUGGGUGAUUGAAGUGAAAGAAAUAAUGACUUGAGGGACUAAAACGGAGAAGGUAAGAAAAAGAGAAACAAAGGGUGGCCGUCGUUUCUAUCUUAGCUAAAGGGUUUCAGCUGCCGGGGACGGUCUGAGAGACAAUUGAAAGGAAAAAAAAGGUCGUCGGAAACAGAGAAGAAGAAGCUACUGCUUCCCCGCUCCGACGUCUACUGAAUGGUCAUCAUUUCCCCAUCGCCGGGGGAGAGAGGCAGGGAGUUCUAGCACUUGUUCCUUGUCACUUGUCAGCUGUCGCAUAGAUAAAGAAAUUGGAAGGAGAAGGGGAAAAAGCAGGUCCUUGGAUUCCGAUCUCGAUUGUGAAAGAGAGACCAGUCAUCGGAAUCUGCCAUUCCUGCGGAGAAAUUGCCCCAGCGUCGAGCUACUUUGUUGGGGAGGAAGCGAGAGGCUGUCCGUUGUGAAAAGUCGAGUACUUGUCUUUAUUGCUGUGAAUUGAGGGGAUAGCUGCAAUCAAAUCAUCUUCUGCCGUCAAGUCUGGGUAUCUUUCUUCUUCUUCUUCUUUAUAUCUGAUUCUCUGUAAUAUAAGAACAUGAUUGCUGAUGCCUGAUAGAACGUAGUUAUUAUGAUUGGUGAAUUUAAGAAUUAGGAACAGAAUUGGGCGGGGGCAGUAGGCUAGCUGGUUGUUCUUGCAUUGGUGCUUGUUAAAAAGACACAAGGGAAAGAAAAGCCCUCUUUUCGUUGCAAUUUCAUGAAAAAUGUUUCAGUGAAGUGAGCUUAGCUUAGCUCCUGUUUUGGUAGUCUUGUAGUGAUAGGGAUUCUCAGAGGACCGAUGGCAUUGACAAUUCUAUGCAUGUUCCUUGUUGCAAAGAUGAGAAAUGGAACAUAAAUGGGCGUCUGGAAAUUAUUUACUAUCGCGGAAUUUUGCGAAUGACAAAUCAACACUAUGUUGGGAGCCUCAAGGCUUUGAAUUUUAGUGAUUGAAAGUUGUGAUCGAUUCUCUGUCUGGCCAUUCGCGACAAUGACGGUUUGAUCUUGAAAAUUUUGAUAGGAGGACUCUGGUUUUUGUUUCUGAUCUUGAUGAGAUAUGUUGAUUGGGUAUUUGCAGAUAGCAAUAAGUAAUGGUAUCAUCUACCAGCGAUGUAGAUGAAGCAGUUGAAAUGGAGGAGGAGGAGACUACAGAUGACGGGCAGGACACAGCUGCACCACCAGAAGCUGUAGAAAUGCAGGAGGAGACUUCAGAUGAUGGACAGGAGACAGCUGCACCACCAGAACAACAGGAAGAAGAUGAUGAGUCAAUCCUAGAACCAUGUGAGGGUAUGGAAUUCGAUUCAGAAGACGCUGCUAAGAUAUUCUACGAUGAAUAUGCACGAAAACUGGGGUUCGUCAUGCGCGUGAUGUCAUGCCGUCGGUCUGAAAGGGACGGGAGAAUUCUUGCACGUCGGUUCGGUUGUAACAAGGAAGGUCACUGUGUUAGCGUUCGAGGCAAACAAGGGAACGUUCGAAAGCCACGACCCAGCACGAGGGAAGGAUGCAAGGCUAUGAUUCAUGUCAAGUUUGAUAAAUCCGGGAAGUGGGUGAUCACGAAGUUUGUGAAGGAACACAAUCACCCACUCGUUGUUGUUGCGCACCGAGAAGCCCGCCAGACAUUGGAUGAGAAGGACAAACGGAUUCAAGAGCUGAGCAUGGAAUUACGAAACAAGAAGAGGUUAUGCACGGUGUAUCAGGAACAGCUAUCUUCAUUCAUGAAGAUUGUCGAAGAGCACUGCGAUCAGAUAUCGAUGAAAGUGCAGAAUGUGGUGAGAAACAUCAAGGAGUUGGAAUCUAUAGAGUAGGUGGGAGUUUCUUCUUCUGCAGGAUUAGAUAGUUUGCAGGGAAUAUCCAAAUCAGCUUAUACGAUUGUUUUCUUGUAAGUAAAUGCAAUGUGAAUUUGUCAGUCUGCUAAACAGAAGACUUGUAACAACAAAUGACAGAAUUCAUUAGCCUUGUAGUUACAGUGCAAGUGAAUAUGUUUAAUUUCAACUGAUCUUACUUGCUACUUACCACUUCUUUUCGUGUAAAAUUCUCAAGUUUUGACAUGAGUGAUAGAACUGAUGGGUGUGAUUUAGUGUUGGUUUCAUCAUUGAUGUGAGAGCUAUUCCAUAAUAAUUUGGUCACUAUUGUUCUCACAUUUGAUCCAAACCAUACUCUUUACUCAACUCUAAUUCGAUCUUUAUGACUUGAAAUGACAUCAUUUUCAAUCUCUCUUCAGCGGAUUACGUCGAAGAUAAUCAAAUCCAACGAAAAGGAAACACUAAAGGCUCUACGAGAUAUUUUUAUUGUUAUUAAUUUAUAUGAAUUUCUAUGUUUGAUCUAGACGAGUGGAACAAUUAGUAAUGGACGACACCAUCGUCUUGUUACUCGCUCUAAAUUUCGGUACAAAAGUUCAUGAAAAAAUGAUAAAGUUUAGUGAUCGAUUUACCAGUAACACUAAAGUACAGUGACUGGUUAUGUAGUUGAGCAAUAAUAAUCAUGAGCCCCCAAGGAAAUAGUUUUGUCUCCCACCCACUAAUGGAUCCUUUUCAUUCAAUUUUUAGAUUUUAUUAUACCAGCUCCCUAAAAAUAAUUAGAUUCCAUAUCUUCAAAAGUAAUGCUCUCUUUUUGGCUUUUCAUGCAAAUGCAAACCCAUAAUAACCCUAAAAUCUUAAUUAGACACUCACCAUCAUUGAUUCAAUUGUUCAUCAUGAAGCUACCUUUAUCGAUCCCUCCAUAUUGUAUCAAAAUCAGUUCGAAUUAAUCCGUCCACAAAACUCUAACCAAAUACUCUAGAAGUUACAAUUAGAAAUGUUUAAUAAGAACCAAAGACACUCGAAUCCAAUACGGGAGCGAUUCAUCCUUCCCGAACGCAGCAUACAACUCUCCGUUGUACUGCGCUCUCCAAAUGUGUAUGUUCCCCCUUCUUCCUUACCAUGGGAGUUUUGAAAUAACUCCGAUGCGAAGAAAUCACUAAAAAUUAU